AUGGCUGCAGCUUCCGAGAGGGGAGGCAGCGCCGCCCCGCCCCCUCCGCCACCUCCGCCGCCCCGAGAAAGUAGUCCCCCGCGAACCGGCGAGCUGCCGGCCCCUGCCGCCGACCCGCCGCCUCUCUCACCCCCGCCCGCCACCCCGCCCUCCUCUCGCCGCGCCGCACCCCCGCGCUCCCGCCGCCCCGCGGGGGCGAGGAGGCGGCGGGCGGAGGGAUACGAGCGGCGCGGGGAGACGCCGCCGACCGCCGCCGCCGCGCCGAGCGGCGGUGCUGCGCCGAUCACGUGGGCGGCCCGCUGCGCUCGCGGUGGCCCCUCCCCCCGCGGGCGGAAGUGGCCGGGCCGGGCCGGCCCGGGCGGUGAGGAGCGGAGCGGGGCCGGGCCCCGCCGCCACCGGGCCGGCCGGCCCGCCCGCAUCGCCCGAGCCCCGAGGGGAACGGGAACGGAGCCCGUUCCUGCCCUUUGCCCUCCCGCGGCCUGCCGGCGCUCGGGGCCCGCGGCGGGCGGGAGGACGGGGCUUUCUUCAACCACCCCCCACCCCCCUCUUCCCCCGCCAGGUCGCCCUGUAGCGCGGGUGACCAGAAUGGCAUGCAGUGGUCCUAAGGGUAUCUUGCCAGCACCAAGGAUGAUGAUGGAUACUUUUACUAGAAGAUACGAAUGGAAAACUAAGGCCCGAUUCACGUGAACACUGGAAAGGAACAGUCAGUCAGCAGUAGCCUGGUUGUGUCUCCUGGCUCCUGUGGCUCCUGAUCAACCUGGUGCAUGGACAGCACAAGCGACGGCAAAGCGACACCUCGCCAUGGCCAGGUCUGUGCAAACGGGGAAAGCUCCAGCCGUACCAGUGGGAUGGAGACUUCAUGGAGACCUCUGUAGGAUCAGCUUCUAGAAGGAGUUAAGUCCUACGUCAAGCCUUCGGCAACAUAAAGGUUUUGAGACUCUGUAUUUAGGAAAGCAGGAUGAAUUUGGUGUUUCUUACCACUUUUAAGAAAUGUUUGUUCAAGAAAUUAAAAUCUUUUCAUAUUUUGAGAAAUUAGGAACCAAUCCAAGGUACGCAUUCUGCACAACAUAAACCGGAAGCUUCAACCUGACCCUGGUCGGCUUCUGAAAAAUUGCAUUGCUCAAAAUUUUUUUAAGUGUUUUUCAGCAGAGGAUUUCUUUCAAAGGUUACCGCCACAGGUGUCAAAUAGCAGUGACAAAAUGUACGUUUCGAGCUUUUAUUACUUGUGUGUGUGCGUUUGCAUUUCUCCUUAAUUGCAGCAAACCAGAUGUCACUUUUUUAAGAUUGGGAAAAAAACCAGAAGGGUCCUAAAUAUUUUCCUACAGUAAUGGUAACUGGAACACAAUAGUGUUUUCCUAGUGCGCGAAACGCAGACAGUGAAAGGAUUGAUUAUCCUUUUUCUGUUCAAAAGGAGUGAUUGCAAGAAUGAGUAUAAGCCUCAAAUUAAUAGCAAAAGUUGUCAGCAUCACUGAUUAGUUUAUUUUUAAAACAUCAAAGGGAAACUUAAUGUAUUCUACAUAGAUUGGGGAAAAAAAAUUCUCUAGAAGAUUAGAAUUUAUUUAUUGUCAAAGACUGGAGGAGGAGCAGAAAAGGAAGGCCUUCUGUAGAUCAGUAGGUGCAUUUAGACAUUGAUACCUUUAUUUUCUGAUUAAAUACACUUUUCAUUUGGAAGAGCUGUGACACACAGAAAAGGGAAAUACUGAUUCGUCUAUACUGAUGAAGAAGCAAAAGUUAUUUCAAAACUUCUGGGUUUUUUUUAAUGUUUUGGAUCGGGGCGAGGGCGUGGUGUAUAUUAAUCCAAUAAAUGGAACCGAACCAAAA